CUGCUCGUAGCUACUGUUGCACUAUGGAGAAUUCUGAAAGAGAGAAGCGUGCGGAAAAGGAAGGAGAGAUUCUAUCAGCAUAAUCUAGAGUUGCUAAGAAAAGAACAAUCUUCUUCUUCGGAUGUAGCUCUGAUCGAAAGGAUGAAGAUCUAUGAGCUAGAGGAGUUGGAAAAGGCCACCAAUCAUUUCGACAAAACCCGAAUCGUCGGCGGCGGAGGCCAUGGCCACGUCUUUAAAGGAAUCCUGUCCGACCAACGCGUGGUUGCUAUUAAAAGGCCCAAUAUAACCAAUCAAGUUGAGAUUGCCCAAUUCGUCAAUGAAGUCUUCAUUCUUUCUCAGACCAACCACAGGAAUGUGGUUAAGUUCUUCGGGUGCUGCCUACAGACCCAAGUCCCCUACCUAGUCUUCGAGUUCAUCUCCGGUGGUACGCUCUCCGAUCAUCUCCUAGGUGUCGAAGGGGUCUCGCCUCUGUCAUUCGAAGAACGUUUGAGGAUCGCCACAGAAGUAGCAAAAGCACUGUCCUAUCUCCACACCGAAGCCUCCAUAACCAUUUUCCACAGAGAUAUCAAGUCGUCCAACAUACUACUCGACGAGAGGAACACCGCCAAACUAGCGGACUUCGGUGCUUCCAGGGCUGUUUCCUUCGAGCAAACUUCGAUAGCUACGGGUGUUCAAGGAACAUUUGGAUAUCUGGAUCCUGAGUACCACCAAACAGGAAGACUAACUGAGAAAAGCGAUGUGUAUAGCUUCGGAGUCAUUCUGGCGGAGUUGCUGACCGGCAAGCUUGCCAUUCCUCGCCAGGAGAACGAUGUGGUGAGAUAUCUAGUCAUGGAUUUCCUAGUUGCACUCAAAGAAAAUUCACUGUUUAAAGUUCUAGACCCUUUAAUCCUCAAAGAGGGGAGCCGAGAAGCAGUCGAAAGGAUUGCAAGGCUGGUGGAGAGGUGCCUCAAACUGAACGGUAAUGACAGGCCAACGAUGAGAGAGGUGGAGGAUGAGCUCGAAGCCGUAAGAUCCAAGAAGACGAAAGCUGAUGACACCAUGGUUUCAGGGAACAGAGGCGGCGCUGCAUCGUCUGAAACUAUUCGAAGAAUGAGCAACGAGGGAGGCACGACAACAUCAACCGAAGCAAUCGGGACGAGUUCAACGAUGCAGUACAGCGUGGAGAUGGAACUCGCGUUGUUAGGUGAAAUGCCACGUUGAUGAUAUUAGUCUAUUUCGAGUGCGUUGUGCUGUUUCCUUAGUUUCUGUGGUCUUCUGUCGCGUGAAGACAUUUCUGUCGCAAUAUAAUUGUACCGUGGUCUUCUUUUCCCGUCUUGUAGUGUAUGAACUCCGAGAUUGGGAAAUGGUGUGCACUUCAAUUCAUACAUAUAUAUAGAGAGAAUAAUUUCAAUUACA